GGCGGCAGAGUUGAAGUGGCCCAGAACUGCGGGGUUUGGGUAGAGGGCGCUGGUUCCGGGUGUGGCAGAGUGAAGGUGAGAAGAGUGGGCCUGCCCCAGCUCGGAAAGUGGUCCUGGAAUAUCGGCUCGGAGCCUGUGGGGCGGGGCCCUUCCCUGCAGGGUGAUCCAGCGCCCCCUCCAGGGGGCGGGCGCGUUAGCCACGAAGACAGCUGUUGGAACUUGAUUGGCUGCAGAGGAUUUCCUAAAACCUAGGGGAUCCCGGGUGCGCUGGGCGGGGCGUGGCACCUGGGCUUGGUACUCCAGGGUUUCCGGUAUUGCUGGACCCUGUCCCUAGUGGCCCAUGUCUCUUACACGGGGUCAUGGAGACGUUGCGGCCACCACAACGGCGCCUCUAUCUGAAGAAGGGGAAGUGACUUCUGGCCUCCAGGCUCUGGCGGUGGAGGAUGCCGGAGUCCCCUCUGUCUCGGUCAGUAAGACCGAGGAAGAGGGGAGAGAAGGCCAGGAGAAGGCCGAGCGUGAGGGAUCGGGGACCGAGGAAACCAGAGGGGAAGCCUCCAGCGCUGGAAGGGAAGAGCAAGCGGAGGGAGACUCGGAGGACUGGUGCGUGCCCUGCAGCGAUGAGGAGGUGGAGUUGCCUGCGGAUGGGCAGGCCUGGAUGCCUCCGCCCACUGAAAUCCAGCGGCUCUAUGAACUGUUGGCCGCUCACGGUACCCUGGAGCUUCAAGCGGAGAUCCUGCCCCGCCGCCCGCCUACGCCUGAAGCUCAGAGUGAAGAGGAAAGAUCUGAUGAGGAGCCGGAGGCCAAAGAAGAAGAAGAAGAAAAACCACACAUACCUACGGAAUUUGACUUCGAUGACGAACCAAUGACACCAAAGGACUCCCUAAUCGAUCGAAGGCGAGCCCCAGGAAGUUCGACUCGGAGCCAGAAAAGGGAGGCGCGCCUAGAUAAGGUCCUUUCAGACAUGAAGCGACACAAGAAGCUGGAGGAGCAGAUUCUUCGUACUGGGAGAGACCUCUUCAGUUUAGACUCAGAGGACCCCAGCCCAGCCAGCCCCCCGCUCCGGUCCUCAGGGAGUAAUCUCUUCCCCCGGCAGCGGAAAUACUGAAAAACUGACUAUUGCUGCUACUUCCUGCAAGGUGCAGAGAUUGUCCCUGCUAGGGCCUGGUCCCUCCCUUUCUAAAUCAGAACACUGGAAAACUUGGGAAGAGUAAAACCCCAAGCUCCCAACACAGCACCUUGCAGGAAAGAGGAAAUGUGCGUGGAUUUUCUGUUGAAUGUCUCAUUUUGAAACCUGGGAUGGAUUUUCUAAAAUAAAAGGUGCACAGAAUUUUCUUAA